UCUCGCUGUCCUUAGAAAUCUUUCACUCCACUUUUGUGGCCGCUUUUAUAUUUCUUGAUACGAACCUUAUUUAAAAGCAUAACAUUGAUACCGGUCAACCAGCUUAGGACGACGAAAGAACUGACCAACGAUCGAUUCCUGCACAUACAUACAUACAUACAUACAUACAUACAUACAUAAAACCAUCUUUCACUAACAUUUACCUUUACCACAUUCAAUUUAUGGCCGAUGAAGUCAUGAUAACUACAAUACUUAAGAUCUGUUAAUGCCGAGAUUAUUAGAGGCAUUGCGCCUCAAAACCCCUUGAUUCUUAUACCAUUUUCUCCAAAUCAAAGAAUUAGGUAGACUGAGGAGCUGGUUCCAGGUCACCAAAUGUCUUGGGAUUUGUUAAAGCGUUUUAUCGAGUCCGAUGUUUUCAAUCGGAAUCCAUUCCUCUCCGUAGCCUACCUAUCGUAUGCCAUUUACCCCUUUCCAAUCAUCGCAAGGUUCUUUUACUGAUUGCUUGAGUUGGCAGACGGUAUGCGGACCAUGUCGGGAUACAUUAUGUUCUUUGCUCGAAGUUGCGACAAUUCAGUUAUGAGGAAAUUGAAUUCUUCCUCCCGCAACUAUGUCACCUAAUUAUAAGUGUCAACAACGAGUCUGUGGCUUUGGAAGAGUUUAUUUUGGAUUUGUGCGAGGACUCGGUCAAUGCUGCAUUAUUGGUAAUUUGAAGGCAGAUAUACAUGAUGGGACAAGUUACUAAUUAAAAUCGCAGACGUUCUGGCUAUUUCAAACAUACCUUCAUGAUCUUUCCGCGAAUCCCCAAUCAGAAGCCUUCAAGACAUGUAGACGGAUAUAUAAUAAGGUCCAGCAUAUCGUAUUCGGGGUUUCGGAAACUCCAACCAAGAAAAUCAGUGAAAAUGUUCUACCUGUUACGGUUCUGGCAAGUUUUGUUCUAGCGAGUAUUGCAGUUCCAUUUCUACCAAAGUGGGCUGGACCGUUGGCUAUUUCACAAGCGCGGAAGCCUCAAAGUACGGGAAAUGUGGUCGCAGAUACCAGUCAGAUGCAGACCCAAAAGAUUGUUCGAAGUCAUACAACGACACCGGGAUCUACGCGAACAAAACAGAGGAGAGAAGCUGCCAGAAAUGCGAGCGCCCCUGGUGGUAGUGGUGUGAAUAGUGCUGUGUCCUCUGAAGAUCUGGCUCGAUCGAACUCCUUAACUCGACCCACCUCAUCGAAAUCUAACCGAAAAGUGCCUCUAGAACACAUAAGGCCCUCUCAUCUUGAUCUGAAAGCAUUAGAUUCUCGAAAUCAGAGCUCGGCAUCUCUUCCAGAACUACGAAAGCCAAAUAUACCUACUAGACCAGCAACUCCUGUUACAGCUGGUCUCCCGACAAGGCUGACUGAACCCAUCAAUAAGAGAUACUCUCAACAUUCACACAGUGGAAAACUCCUGACUCCAGUGUCAUUGACUCAGAAACAGAAAGUUAAACUAUUAAGGCAAAAUUAUUUCCGUUCUCAAACCCAGUUCCUCAGAGCUCUCGAGGAUAUAUCAAAUCGCCUAGUUAUUGUUCCCAAGCCCGCGCGUCUCAGUGCAUUACGCGCCGAGCUUGCUCUGAUCGCACAGGAUUUACCAGCAGAAGUUGAUAUACCAGUCAUUUGUCCCGCUACCCUCGUGGAUGGAAUUCCUAGCAAAAGUAAACAUCACCGUAUCGUUCGUUUGAACCCAGCCGAAGCGACUGUAUUGAAUAGUGCGGAGAAAGUACCAUAUCUCUUGAUGGUAGAGGUACUUCGAGACGACUUCUCCUUCAAUCCGGAAACCCUAGAAAAUGACCGUUUAUUGAGCCGAUUAGUGUCAGAAGAAGGAACGCAUAAGAGACGAAGGUUCGACCUUUCAGAAUCUGGACGAUCAUACAGUAACAACAGCAUCAAAAGUACGGAUAAUACCCUCGACAGUGUUUUUGAGCCAGUCAAUGGCGAUUUGGGCAGCUCACCAUUAAUCAAAGAAAUAGAUCAUGAUGAUGAGGAUGCUCAGACGCCAACUUAUAAGGAGAAUGUAGCAACUCCCCGGCCGGCACAGACAUCAAGCGGUACAACAACUCAAUCGAGCAUAUCCGGCUUCGUAACACCUAGGACAUCCGGAACAUCAACAUCGAGAUCUAGCAGCCCCACACCGAAGAGGAAGACGACACUUCCUGGAGUUGGUAGAUCAGGAGAAAAAGACCAACCAGACUUUUCUACUCUUACAACACAUAUCAGGACCGCUACGCAAAUGCUUACCCAGCUCAAUUCGACGAGCGGGAAGAGGCCUAGACAUGAGGUCGAUGCAAUUCGUCAUAAAAUCAUUGCCAGCAUACAAAGUCUGGAGGAGCAAAGCUACGAUUUGGAAGACAUUGGACAAUCACAAACAUUCGAUAUGAUCAUGGAAAAAGCGAAUGCAGCAGCAGCAGCAAGUGUUGCACCGGAAGAUAUUGACGCAGAAUCACCAUCUGAUUCGGAUGCUGUUAUUAAUGUUGGAGCUGGUGCAGCCCGAAUGGAGAACGAUCAGAAGACUGGUGGUGUUCAGAGAAAAGGGGACAGAGAUGAUCCGAGCGCUGCGACAUUUGGAGAAGCCUGGAACGUCAAGAAAGAACGAAUCAGGAAGUCAUCGCCAUAUGGGUGGAUGAAGAACUGGGAUGUCUUGAGUGUCAUUGUAAAGACAGGUGCUGAUUUACGGCAAGAGGCAUUUGCAUGCCAGCUCAUCCAAAGCUGUGAUAAGAUUUGGCAGGAAGCGGGAACCCCGGUUUGGGUCAAGCGAAUGAGAAUUUUAGUCACUGGAGAAUCGUCAGGUUUGAUCGAGACAAUUACGAAUGGUGUAUCUUUACAUUCACUCAAGCGUAGUCUCACACUUGCUACUAUUGAGUCUGGUCAAAACCCUCGAAGACGAAUUGCCACAUUGAGAGAUCAUUUUGUUAAGACUUUUGGACCUCCGGAGAGUGAUGCCUAUAAAGCGGCAGAAGACGCAUUCAAACGGUCACUUGCGGCGUAUAGCAUCAUUUCUUACAUUUUGCAGUUAAAAGAUCGACACAAUGGCAAUGUUCUUAUUGACAAUGAAGGACACAUCAUUCACAUCGACUUUGGCUUCAUGCUUUCCAAUUCUCCUGGAUCAGUUGGCUUUGAAGCUGCCCCUUUCAAGCUAACACAGGAUUAUGUUGAUGUUCUGGGAGGUGUUGGAUCACCUGCUUUUGAUGAUUACAAAAAGUUGUGCAAACAGGCUUUUCAAGGUAUGCUUUCUACGAUAAUUCUGGGCGAUGAUUGUCUAACGAAAUGUAGCGCUACGAAGGUCUGCAGAUCAUCUAAUCGAUCUCGUUGCUAUGAUGGGACGAGAAUCGAAGAUGCCCUGUUUCUCUUACGGAGUUGCUCAAGCAACAAAUAGUUUGAGGCAGAGGUUUCAACUUCAGAUGAGUGCGGAUGAGGCAGAAGCUUUUGUGGAGACUGACUUGAUUGGGAAGUCUUUGGGAAGUUAUUAUACACGAUUGUAUGUUGUUCCGCCGCUUUCUUGGUAGAUGGUUGAAGGCUAAUAUAUAUGCAUAGAUAUGAUACUUUCCAAUACCGUACACAAGGUAUAUAUUAGCUGGUGGAACAGGUAGGCAUGCUGUACAGUUUUGCCAGAAAGUGUAAGCGUUUGGACUGAAUGUAUUGUGAUUGGCGUGGCGUUGGAUAAAACCAUUGAGCUGAUUGAUUUAUGUUUCGCAUUUACGGUGUAGCGAUUUGUGAGAGGUGACCAAGUAUCCUUGUAGUAAGGGAGAAAAUAAGAGAUAGAAGGAGCAGAAGAGAUGUGAUUUUUUUUGACAUACAGGAGACUUGGCUUGACCUUUCGAAUGAUAUGGAGAUUUCAGUCUAAAAUGAGGAUAUUUUAUCUCCGCAGAAAUUCCCCCAAACACCGUUUUGUUUUGACUAGCUGAUUCAGAUGAGGGAAAGGAUUCCUGCUCUGCGUUCUUUCGCAGUGUCUUUUUAAACCUCUAAUGCGAACAGCAUUUGAGCUGAGAAUGUUGACCGCGGGCAAGAAUAGGACUGGAAUCAAAGCUUGAUAAGUUGGCCGAAUUUCUUUGCAUGUAAAAUUGUACAGGGGAUAUUUGAGUUUUGACAUUUUACUUCGGGACAUUGCGAUUUUCCUGGACCUCUGAGAACAUAAUAUGCCCAUGCCCCUACCAACA